CAUGAUUUGAAAAGAACUUUAAUUAUGGCGUCCUUCAUGGCACAGACGUGAAAUGCCUCAUAUUUACCUGUAUAACAUUUAUUUCAGCACAUAUUCACUUUUAUUGGUGUUAUGGGUGUAAUUAGACAUGUCGUGUGUGCUAUGUCUGGAGGGGUUGACAGUUCUGUCAGUGCAUUGUUACUCAAAAGAAUGGGCUAUCAUGUGACGGGUGUGUUCAUGAAGAACUGGGACUCUCAUGAUGAGAAGGGCGUCUGUUCAUCUGAGAGAGACUGUGAAGAUGCCUAUAAAGUGUGUAAGAUGCUGGAUAUGCCUUUCCACCAGGUCUCGUAUAUUAAGGAAUACUGGCAUGAAGUGUUUAGUAAUCUUCUCAGAGAAUAUGAGAAGGGCAGAACACCAAAUCCAGACAUAAUGUGUAACAAACACAUCAAGUUUAAGCACUUCUAUCAGUAUGCAGUUAAUACUUUAGGUGCCGAUGCCAUAGCAACGGGACACUAUGCCCGGACAUCUCAGGAGGAUGAGGAGGUUUUUCAACAAAAGCACGUUCCAGCUCCCAGAACCCUCUUCAGAGACCGCUUUGAAAUUAGAAAGCCUGUGCGGCUCUAUCAGGGAGCUGACCGCGUCAAAGACCAGACGUUCUUCCUCAGUCAGAUCUCCCAGGAUGCUUUGCGGCACACACUGUUCCCCUUAGCUGGUCUAACCAAAGACUUUGUGAAGAAGAUCGCCGCUGAGGCCAGCUUCCAGCAUGUUCUUAAGAAAAAAGAGAGCAUGGGAAUCUGUUUCAUUGGAGAACGAGAUUUUGAGACCUUUAUUCUUGAGUACUUAGAGCCCAAACCAGGAAACUUUGUUUCCAUUGAAGAUGGGAAGAUCAUGGGGCAGCAUAAAGGCUGGUUCACAUUAACAUUGGGUCAGAGGGCAAGAAUAGGAGGGCAAGAAGACCCUUGGUUUGUAGUUGAUAAAGAUAUCACUACCGGUGAUGUAUUUGUGGGUCCAACCACUAACCACCCAGCACUGUUACGAGACACAUUACAGACAGACCGCUUCCAUUGGAUCGCCGAAGAGCCGCCCGUCGAACUUGUCCACACUCAGAUGAUGGAAUGUCACUUCCGUUUCCAAAACCAGAUGCCUUUGACUCCAUGUACUGUAACUUUGAAUCUUGAUGGGUCGGUGUGGGUAAUGAUGAAAGAGCCAUUGAGGGCAAUAACUCCUGGGCAGUUUGCUGUGCUGUAUAAGGGAGAUGAGUGUUUGGGCAGUGGGAAGAUAAUGCGUCUGGGACCCACAAAAUUCACUCUUCAGAAAGGUCUGAACUGCACGAACUGCCACCCUAAAGACACAAACCACCAACACCCAGAGCCCGUCAGCUGAGACACAGCAGGAAACCAGCACACCUCUGACCUCUGUGGACAAUAACAAGAUCUCAACAGGCUAGUGCUGUGGAAAGAUGCUCUCAGUAUUUACAGACGGGCUGAAAAUAUAGAAACUUUGAUAGAAUUUUUAUUAUGUUUCUUUUUAUUUCAAUUGAAAUUGUCAUUUAUUUGCUAAUAUCGGAUUACUCCUUUAUAUAUAUAUAUAUAUAUAUAUAUAUAUAUAUAUAUAUAUAUGUGUGUGUGUUUAUGGUUUUAGUGCCUUUAUUGUGCACCACAUCCUGAUCUAUGCAAUCUUAAUGUAAAAAGCAAAUAUAACACCACAUGCAUGGUUACGACUGUUAGGAGUUGUUUUCUCUGCCAAUAGAGGGCGGAAGAGCAACAUUUAUAACUGGUGCUGAUGGACAAAUACACUCUUCCUCGAUUUUCAUUAAUUAUGCUACACACAGAAUACUAUAUUAAACAUAAAUUAACAUAUUUAAUCUAUACGUAUAAAGGCAGACAAUUGCAAUAUAUUAUAAUAUCUGUUGAGUCUUUUUGCUUUUAAAAAAGGAUUUAGAAUAAAUGAUUGACCUCGACUAAAUUAUUGACCUAUUUAUAAUAAUAUAAAGAUUUUAAAAAAUAGAAACUUAGGUCUAAUCUAUGUGUGUGUGUGUGUAUAGUGUAUAGUAUCAUAUCGUUUGGGGUUUGGUUUCCUCUUCAGUGAGUUUUUAAAUGCCUGAUAUAACGAUUCAACGAAAUUGUAAAAGAUAUUUAUAAUUAUAAUUAGCAUUUAUUGUAAAUAAAUGUUUGAAGUAAUUAGUUUUCAAAGCAGAGUGAUAUUAUUUUAGAAGAACUACACUUCGAUAUCCUUUGAAUAGAGUCAUGUUUUCACGUUUAGGAGACACCUGAUUGAAUAA